UUACAUGCGGGCUUGUCGCGUAGUCUAAAAGCCGGUUGAUGACAACCUUUUGUCAAACGACUGUAUGGCGAGGGGCCCACAUGUUGUACAACAGUGUAAACAAUGCGUCCGCCAAAACCCAAGGAGAUUUCUUUUUCCUCGUGUUCGCCCUGUGACUUAUCCGCCUUGACCAAAAGUGACGUGAAGAAGUAUUUUGUUAACAGCUAUGACUUGUACGAAAAUCUCUUCCUCUCUUUAAAAGACCCGUCGGCGUUUUACAAGUACCCGGACGCUCUGCGCUUGCCUCUCAUUUUUUACUAUGGACACACGGCAGCCGUGUAUGUGAACAAGCUGAUGCUAGCACAGCUUAUUAAGAAAAGAGUUAAUGUCGAGUUUGAAGCUAUCUUCGAGACUGGCGUUGAUGAAAUGUCUUGGGAUGACACGGAAAACUUCCGCAUGGGAGGGGAAUUCACCUGGCCUAAAGUGUCAGCAGUCGCUGAAUAUCGAAGACGUGUCCGUGAGGUGAUCCUCGAAAUAAUCGAAACCACUCCCAUGGAGUUACCAAUCACACAAGGCAGCCCCUGGUGGGCAUUAUUCAUGGGCAUGGAGCACGAAAGGAUUCAUUUGGAAACUUCAUCUGUACUUAUCCGCCAGUUACCGCUGUCCUAUGUACAGCGGCCGCCCAAUUGGAUGUACGCACCUACGAAAUCUGAUGACCCGGUGGUGGAUAACCCGUUUAUUCGCGUGAAAGCCACGCACGUGACCCUCGGCAAGCCACGUGACUUUCCCUCCUAUGGCUGGGAUAACGAGUACGGCGAAUGCAUAGCAAGAGUCCCUGAAUUCGAGGCCACAAAGUACAUGAUCACAAACGGAGAAUUCCUGGAGUUUGUUAGGACUGGUGGUUAUGAAAAUAAGAGCCUUUGGUCCAAAGAAGGGUGGGAAUGGCGGUCCUUUCGUCAAGCACGCCAUCCCACAUUCUGGGUAUGCGAUCAGGCCUGCAGGAGCGGUUGCGGAGCCGACCUUCAGGGAUACUCACACUGUAGUCAAGCAUCUGACGUCAACUCCAACGAGAAGCCGCUGAUCAUUCAGAACGGUACUCACUAUGGCAGCGCCUCGUCUUUUAGCUACCGCGCAAUGUACGAUGUCCUUGAGCUGCCGCUCGACUGGCCCGCUGAGGUGAACUACCACGAAGCUAAGGCCUACUGCGCAUGGAGAGGCCCCCAAUACAGGCUUCCCACCGAGGCCGAGCACCACGCCAUGAGAGGACCACAGAAGCCCGUAUCAAUAGGCGUAAAAUCGGACACUAUCUUCCAGGACAAAAUAGAAGCAAAUAUCAACAUGAAGUUUGGAUCGUCAUCGGCAGUAAACCUGUUCCCUGCGAACAAGGCCGGCUUUCAUGACGUGUUUGGUAACGCAUGGUCCUGGGCAGAGGACCACUUUAAUGGGUUACCUGGCAACGAUACCCACUACUUGUACGACGACUUCUCAAGCCCGACAUUCGACGGCAAGCAUUAUAUGAUUAUGGGAGGAUCAUGGGUCUCUACAGGUGACGAAGCGUCACGAUUCGCUCGUUUCUCCUUCCGCCCACACUUCUUCCAGCAUCUCGGCUUCCGAUUGGUGCGUUCAGCCACUGCUGAGCAGCCGCCUGUACGGCUGGUCAGUACAGAAGUAUUUGUCAUGGGCGCAGGCGUACAAGAACGCUCGAUAAAUGUGCCUGGGCUGUCUUCCACGAACCAGGAUAACUGGUUCCCAAGUACUAAUUCCCAGUACUCCGCGGACACGAUAGAGUUGCUGAGUUCUGAGCUCGUAAAGCAUUAUGGGAGCACUGAGGUCAGCCCGUUUAUCAACUACUGUAUCGAGGCCACGAAAAAGCAGAAAACUCCCCGUGGCACAGCCCUGCACCUCCUUUGCUCCGUUGGACGGGACUCAUUCGAACUAUCUAAACAUUUUGAUAAGGUCUGUGCAGUUGAUCACAGCGGGCGAUUAGUAGACGCUGCGCUUCGUCUACAGAAGGGGGAAGGAGUAGAUUGUACCACUCAGAACGGAACGGACCAUGUACAAUUGGCGACGAGUACCGACCCAGACAGAGUCGUAUUCAAACAGCUUACAUGGUUACCUAUCGAGAUAGGAACGUUCGACAUGAUUGCGUUCACGGCUCUGGAGAGAUUGUCCAACCCUAAAGCUUGGCUAGUGCGCAUGCGUGAGAUUGUCAACCCUGCUGGUUUGUUGAUCGUUGACGCUCACCACGACUGGGACCAAGAUGCCCUCGCCGCCCUUCUCGGAAAACGAUUUAGGAUGCUCGGUUGUAAGCCCGGUAUUCACUUCCAACGAGAGGGGACAAGGGACAGCGACCGUUGCCAUGGUGCCGUCACUAUCUGGAGAAAAGACGAGUAAACUCGUGGAUAAUUCCUAGAUUUGUUAGUGUUUAGCUAGGGCCUGGUUGCCAUGACUACCUCCAAUCAUAGGGUUAACUUAAUAUCUCGUUUUACCGAGGUUUCUAAAUUAAGUUUAUCUACUUUUUAUAAGACAUUGAAGUUUGAAACCCCUAUUUUAUCGAGUGAAAAUAAACGCAUAUUAUAAACAA